AUGUCGGACUGCGGCUUGGUGUUCAUGGUCAUAGAGUUGCCGGUUGAGAAGAUCCUCAGAGCCGAGGUCAGAGAGCUUCGCCGGUUGUUUCUGCAGGAGCACUCCUGCGUACAGGAGAGCCGACUGAACGAGCUCCUGGGGAAAGUUAUAGCCACCGACGAGAAGGACGUGGCAGUCCUGAAGGCCAACGCAGAGGAGCGCCACUACGAUUUCACCUCAUCACUCUAUUUUGUGAUUGUCACGCUGACCACCAUGGGUUAUGAUUUAUUCACCCCCAUAUCAGAUGAGGCCAAACUGUUUUGUAUCUUCUACUGUACACUGGGGAUCCCCCUCACCCUGUUCCUCCUCACCCUCCUGUCCGAUCUCCUCCUUCCCAUUGUCACCUACGCCCCCGUCCACCACCUACAAACCCACUGGGGCUUGCCCUACACCCGAGCUAGCCUCCUCCACGCCGGCCUCUUUUGGAUGCUCAUUGUCGCCCUUCUUUUCCUUCUCCCUGCCCUCCUGUUCUACCUGGUGGAGCCUCAGUGGAGCUUCUUGGAUGCCGUUUUCUUCUGUUUUGUCACCUUAAGCACCAUCGGCCAAGGAGGCUACUCUCUGGGGAGGACCUGGGACCACACAGCCAAGGAGACACUCAAGCUCCUCACAACAUGCUACCUGCUGGUGGGGCUGGUGAUGAUCACGACGUUCAGGGAGACUGUCUUGGAGCUUCCUCAGGUCCAGGCAGUGAUCAGGCUCUUUUCUGGCCCACGGGAUAGAGAGCUGGAGGGUGUCCAUCUCAGCGAACUGGCAUUGAGGAUGCAAACAUCUGAGGAGGAGCCACGAUACUCGCUCCCCAUCUCCACUAUCUCCUCCAGUCCUUUAGAGUCGACGCUCCCCUCUCCAAAGCAGCCCGCUUCCCCACACUUCCAAAAAACCAAAGCAUCCUCUCUCUAACUGCUGGAAUCAUCAGUGCCUCCACCUGGAGGCUAAACCGUUAAAACCUUUCCACAACUGAUCAUUCCUCAGUUCCGGGUCUCAACUAAUGUUCUCAGAUGUUGUUAACAGGUGUUCAAAUACACAUUUCAGUGUAUUAGACUGCAUUUUAUUGUCAUCAGGCCACUAUAAUGACAUUUUGAGCUUGUUUCAAGGUUAACCUACUAUGAAU